GGUUCCAGGCUCACGAUCGUUCCAGCUGGAGCUUUUGUUCCCACACACCCUCGUAUAGGUGUAUGUAUGUAUGUAUGAAUGUACUGGCUCCACUGGCGUGGCGUGAAUUUUGUACGUUCACUCCAGCUCCAUUUCCAACCAACCAGCCAGCCGACCGUAGUAAAAUCCAGUUUUGAUAAAAAUAAACAAAGUACGCUACACCGCGCUCUAUACGCUACUCUAUGAAUUUCCAGCCUUUGCGGCAGGUUCACCUGCAAAAAGGAUCUAUUUUAGGGGCUAAGCGGGGUGGGGCAGUAAAAUCUCUGGAAAAAUGUUUAGCCCGAGAGAGAGUGACAUGUCCGCUCAAGUCGCUGAAUGGACGGCUGGAAUGCUUUAACCUCUUUCUGUUGCAGAGCAUAUUGGAUUCGUUACGGCGGGCCCACAACGGCGAAGUUAACAACCGUAAAAAGCGCAAAUACGACACAGCGAGUUGCGGCCAGCGGAAGCUUAACAUCCGGAUAAUAUUGCCAGGCGGUUCAGUUGUUGUUCUGCUGCCUCGCCUGCUUCUUCUUCUUCUUCUUCGUAGUCUUCGGUUCGUGGCAAAGCCUGUUGCUCAAGCCUCUCUCCUUCUCCUUCCCGUCUCCUCUGCCGCUGCCGCCUCCGUCCGCUCUUUCCACGAUUCUCUCUCGGCACCGCCAAAAGGCACGUAAACUGGUUGUUGCUGUGCUGGUUGGGCCGUACACUUCGUAGUGCCCGUAUUUUUCGUAUUUUCAGUGCUGGCUGAGCGCUUGAGCUGCGCGAUUCGCUUGCCGGGAAAAUCGGAACUGGAACUGCCCAUCGGGAUUGGCUAUUGGCAACUCGGAUCUGGACAUGGAGCUGGCCUACAAUGCGUCAUCGUCGGCGGCCCCCGUCGCCUCCGCAUCGGCCUCCUUCGCCUUCACCAACACCGCAAAGCUGCCCAUCGAAACGGUGAAGCGCCUGAUUGCCGCCGUCUCCCGCCGACCCAUGUUGUGGCUGCGCAACAAUGCCAAUGGCCAGAAGCGCAGCGACAUCACGCCCGUCUGGUUCGAGGUGGGUCAGGAUGUGAAUCUGCCAGCCGACAUCUGCCGCAUCAAGUGGGGCCACCUGAGGGACAACUUUCGCAAGGUGUACAUCCGCAAUAACCUGUCCAAUGAGACGCCCUCGUCGUGGCGCUUCUACAACGACAUGAGGUUCAUGGAGCCCGCCGUUCAUGAGAAUAUCAUGCGGCAGACGCGAAGCAGCAGCAAAAAACACCCACCCGGACACUGGACAGAGAAUAACAAUGUUUUGGAACCGGGAAAGUACGACGCAAUGCCCAUCGUGGCCACGGAGCCCAUUUGCGAGAUCAGUGAUAGCUACGAUUCGGAGCUGCAUCAACCCAGCUUUUCGGACAUAAGUUCGUUCUUCGAGGAUCGCGACUGCCACCCGCCGGACAGCAAGCGGUUCAAGCUGGAGCCGCAUCAGGCGGAGGAGGAGGAGGAUGACGAUGACUUCGAUGAAGAUGCCGCCUCGGAGAACCUGGAUGAAGAACGGAGCAAGCGGGUAGAGGCCUCAAACCCCGGCGUGUACACCAUUGAAGUGCUGGACGAUGAUGAGGAAUUGGAGCAGGCGGUUACCAAGGCCAAGAGUACCAAUACCAGCCACAGCUCUAGCCUAAAGAGCGAGCCGGAGGCCAAGGUGUUCUCCAAUUCGCAGUCCCCCACUUCCGAUUUGCCCUUCAAGUACAUCAGCACGGAUGCAGCAACCAACACGGAUCCAACUGGAGGCGAUCUUCAAGAUGAGGCGGAUCGCAUGUUUCUGCUCAGCCUGAUGCCCUUCCUGCAGAGAUUGGACAACCGUCGUCGACUGCGGGUGCGCCAAAAGCUGCAGAACGUGCUCAUCGAGGAGCUGGAGUUCGGCUGAGGAUCCUAACAGGAUACGGAUUCCAGGGGGAAUGUGGGAAAUGUACUUUAUAAGCUUAGCUUACAGUAUUAUAAGAACGUGACUGACUAACUCUGUGGAUCUGCCUACAUACGUAGCAUGUAAUCAGUAUUCCGGCCUGCCUUCCUUUAUAUAAACACACUUUCAUACAUACCAUAUUAUAGUAUACCUACAUAUGUACGUUUCAAAUAGACGACCACGCCAGCGUA